AUGUUCCCCAGUCACAACAACAUGUACUCACAACCCAUCUACCCCACUUACACCAACACAUACUCACAACCCAUGUACACCACUCAUACUCACAACUCAUGUUUCCCAGUCACAACAACACAUACUCACAACCCAUCUACCCCACUCACACCAACACAUUCUCACAACCCAUGUACACCACUCACACCAACACAUACUCACAACUCAUGUUCCCCAUUCACAACAACACAUACUCACAACCCAUCUACCCCACUUACACCAACACAUACUCACAAACCAUCUACACUACUCACAACAACACAUUCUCACAACCCAUGUACCCCAGUCACAACAACAUGUACUCACAACCCAUCUACACUACUCACAAAAACGUACACUGUAUUCACAAAGCUUGCACGUUACUUGCAUCAAAGUAAACUCUACUCACAAUAUCAUUUACACUGA